CUCGGAUACAGUGUGCAGCAACGACAAGUAAAGCUCCGUUCACAGGAAAUUUUUUACGAAAAUUUCAUUCAAAAGUGAGUUCAGUGCGUUGUUUACAGUGACUUGGUGUUAAUAGGACGUCAUGCGGCGUCUCGACGCCGAACUCGUACUCGUCGUAGUCCUUCUAGCGACGCUACAACUCACGUGCACCAAUGCAGAUUGGUGGAGCCUAGGUCUACAGUCUUCUAUAUCAAACAACGUGGAUCCUCAUAUACCUCACAAAGAAAGAUGUAGUAAAUUGGAAUAUCUCAUAGACAGUCAAAAAAGGCUUUGUUCUCAACAUGAAAAAAUCUUACCGAUUUUGGCGUACAGCGCAAAACUGGCCAUUGACGAGUGCCAAAACCAAUUUAAGUUCAGCCGAUGGAACUGCACAUCGUUUCCAGAAAAAAACACGACGUUUGGGAAUGUUGUUACUAUCAGAAGCAGAGAGGCAGCCUACUUGUCAGCAGUAUCAGCCGCCAGCGUUGCCUUUGCCGUCACCAAGGCCUGCUCAAAGGGCGAGCUCAGCGAUUGUUCCUGCGAAACAAACAAACGACUACGAAAAAACCAGAAAUGGAAAUGGGGAGGGUGUUCGGAAGAUAUACGUUACGGACAGGACUUCAGCAAAAAGUUUUUGGACAUACGCGAAGAUGGAAACACCGCAGUUGGACUCAUGAACUUGCACAAUAUCGAAGCUGGGCGAAGGGCUGUCCGAACAAGAAUGACAAGAGUGUGCAAAUGUCACGGAGUUUCUGGAUCAUGCAGCAUGCAAAUUUGUUGGAGGAAACUCCCGAACUUCAAAUUAGUCGGAGAAGGUUUAUUUCAACGAUAUGAAGGAUCUUCCCACGUAAAAUUUGUGGAUAAACGUCGCAGAAAAUUAAGAAUCAUAAAUCCGGACUUCAAGAAGCCCAACAAAACUGAUCUAGUGUUCCUGGACGAUUCGCCGGAUUAUUGCGAGAAAAAUGACACGUUAAACAUCCUGGGCACGCGCGGGCGCGAAUGCAACCGCAUGUCACAAGGCAUCGACGGCUGCCGGCUCUUGUGUUGCGGCAGGGGAUACCAAACAAGGGUGCGCGAAGUCGAAGACAAGUGUAAGUGCGCGUUCGUAUGGUGCUGCAGCGUGAAAUGUGAUAUAUGCCGGUCCAGACGCGAGGAACACGUUUGCAACUGAAGGAAAUUUAAUGACAACUGAAUUUAACGAACCUGUCAAAAUUUUGAGUGCGCUUUAUCUAUUAACACUUUUCUCCAAGGCCCCAACUUUUUUUAAUUUUGCCCUCUUUUACUAUCAAGAUUUGCAAUGUUUUACUAUUUCGUAUAGUUUUUC